AUGCUUGGCGCUAACAGCUUCGCCGGCAGGCGCAAGUCUAUCUACUUGUGUCUCGCCUUCGCCGCCGCGGGAAUCUGCUUCCUGAACCUCAUUUUCUUGACACGAGGGGUCGAAAAUACCGUCAUUAGCCUCCCCGGUCUCAACCUGUUUCGCCCUCAGCAGAAACACAUCGAAGGAACCUAUGCACACGAUCAACACCCCAUCGCGGAUUUGAUGAAAGAGGCCGAUCAGAAAUGGCAGCAAUACGAUGAAAGCCGCUCGACCAAUUUCCGCGAAACGGUCGCCAAAUACCGCGAUACCUACGGACGACACCCCCCACCCGGGUUUAAGGAAUGGUACCAGUUUGCGCGCAAGAAUAAUGUGCACAAUGUCGACGACUUCCAGCAGAUCACGGGAGAUUUGCGUCCGUUCUGGGCCGUUCCUCCGCAGGAAAUCAGACGGAUGGCCGCAAGUCUGCAGCUAAGCGAUGGAAUCGCCGGAGUGCGCGUUCGGAACCACAAGGUUGUAUCGAAAACUGAAGGCUGGCGCGUGGAAACACUCGCACAAUCGGUCGGACGACUCGCAAAGCAUUUGCCCGACAUGGACAUUGCGAUGAACACCAUGGAUCAGCCCCGCGUCAUGGUUACGCACGAAGAUAUUCAAAACUAUCUGAAGAUCGAAGAAAGGACGAGAAGAUUGCCUUCUGACGCAGCGGACCAAUUCACCAGCGAGAUGGAUCAUUACUUCAACGAAAGUGCUGGUGUCAACGAAGACAUGGACCCGGGAUGGUUCUCCAUCGCAGGAAAGCCAUACAACGACUUUUCCAAGGAAUCCUGUUCGCCCGAGUCUCCGGCAAAUGCCAACAUGAGCGUUGAGGAGGCAGACAAACUGUACAAGACAUCAUUUGGUGGAUUUAUCUCCAACUUUACCGGUUCCACGGAUCUCUGCAAUGUGGGUCCUGUCCUCGGUGACCAGCAUGGCUUCCUCUUCUCGGCCUCCAGCAACACCAUCAGCAGAAAGCUGAUCCCUGUGUUCAGCGAAUGCAAGGUCAGCGUGAACAACGACAUCUUGUUCCCCGCAAACAUGUAUUUCUUGAAGGACCCGCGGUAUGUCUACAACUCAAAGCACGACUAUGAAUGGGAAGACAAGGCCGAUUCUAUGCUCUGGCGCGGCGUGACUUCGGGUGGAAUUCAGGUGGAAGACAACUGGCACCGCUUACACCGCCAGCGCUUCGUGAAGACGACCAACGCCACAGAGAUGGAGUCGGAGACCGUUUCCAUUCUUUCUAAAGACAGCAGAGAGAAGUAUGAGCUGAUGUCCGACUUCCACCCCUCCGACUUCGCCUCGUCUUACUUUGAUGUCGGCUUCACCGAGGCAUGGGGCUGCAUUCCCGACUGCUCCUUUUACGAGGGUGUCUGGACAUACAAGGAGCCCAAGGCUUUCGAUGAGCAAUUUAAGGCCAAGUAUCUGGCCGAUAUUGAUGGCCACAGCUUCUCUGGCCGAUGGCGCGCCUUCCACCAGAGUAAGUCAAUUGGUUUGAAGGCCACUAUUUUCCGAGAAUGGCACGACUCCAGACUCUUCGCCUGGCGCCACUUUGUUCCGAUGGACAACCGCUUCACGGACCUCUACGCCCUAAUGACUUAUUUCAUCGGUCUCCACCCGUCUGCUUCGGAAGACCCCUUCCCGAAUCACGGACCAUACGUCCCUCGUCACGAUUUCGAAGCCGAGGUGAUCGCAGCGCAGAGCCGCGAAUGGGCACACGCUGCGCUGCGCGACGCGGACCUGGACAUCUACUUGUAUCUUCUUCUCCUCGAGUACGGGCGCAUUAUCGAUGACAAUCGGGAUAGCAUCGGGUAUAGCGGCGACGGAAGCGAGCUAGAUCAUUUUGACGAGCGCUACCCCUUCCCUCCCACGUUGGAGCCCCUGGUGCAAGGCUGA